AUGUCCGACCUGGCACCCCGAGGCUGCCGGCACCUUCUCCUGGGGGAUGACAAGAACAGGAAGCUGAGGCCCCUCUACGACAUUCCCUACAUGUUCGAGGCCCGGGAGUUCCUGCGCAAGAAGCUCAUCGGGAAGAAGGUGAACGUUUCCGUGGAUUACAUCCGCCCCGCCAGCAGCGCCACCGACACCGUGCCGGCCUUCUCGGAGCGCACCUGUGCCACCGUCUCCAUCGGCGGAAUCAACAUCGCGGAGGCGCUGGUCAGCAAGGGCCUGGCCACGGUGCUGCGCUACCGGCAGGACGAUGACCAGCGCUCGGCGCACUACGAUGAGCUGCUGGCGGCCGAGGCCCGGUGAGCGCGGGGCUGGGGGGCUGCGCGGGG